GAGAGCUCCUCUCCUUGUUUUUUUUUCCUGCCCAUCUCACGUGCACCAUAUCCUUCUCUCUCUCUAUAUUACCCUCUCAGCAUAAAUUCACCUCUAAAAAUAUCCAACAAUUUACCCCUUCCUCAGUGUACAAAACACAUACUAUAUGCUGCUAUAUAAAAGCUAUAAGAAUAAGUGGUGGCUGUCAUUGGAAUGCAACAUUGUGAUAUUUCUUAAGUUGCAUUUAGAGAGGUGAAGGUAGUUAGUUUAGCUAGCAGUUAAAGGGAAAUGGCACUACAAGCACUAUCUUCUAAUGAGUUCUUGAACUUCAUACUCUAUGACACUAUCUCUGCUACCCCAUGUAGCAGCCAUGCCUCGCUAGAGACAACAAGUUUAUUGUUAGAGAAUUUGAAACCUCAAGACCAUGGUGUUUCUGUAAAUAGCUCUUCCCUAAUGACUGGACAGAGAUGCUCGAUGGGACGAGAAGCUGUCAAUAGGAGGCAUAAUUUAUUAGCUGUGCAAGGAAAGAAGAAAAGGAGGAGAAAGCCAAGAGUUUGUAAGAACAGGGAAGAUGCUGAGACACAAAGGAUGACACACAUUGCUGUUGAGAGGAAUAGGAGAAAACUGAUGAAUGAGCAUCUUGCCGUUUUGAGAUCUCUCAUGCCUGAAUCUUAUGUUCAAAGGGGUGACCAGGCUUCUAUAGUGGGUGGUGCCAUUGAGUUCGUGAAGGAGAUGGAGCACCUUCUACAAUCCCUUGAAGCUAAGAAGCUCAAACUAAAGCAGGGAUUAACAGGACCUAAUUACAGCACUGAAAAUGCCACUACAACCUCAGAGUUUCCACAGCAACCCUUUUCCCAAUUUUUUGUGUCCCCUCAGUACACUUGGUCUCAAAUUCCUAGCAAGUUUACGUCAAAGACUGCGGCAUCCAUAGCCGAUAUUGAGGCCACUUUGAUUGAAACUCAUGCAAAUCUACGAAUUCUCUCAAGAAGAAGCCCUAGACAACUUUCAAAGUUAGUUUCUGGAUUUCACACGCUUUACCUCACUGUCCUCCACAUCAAUGUGACCACCAUGGACCCAUUGGUUCUCUACUCAAUCAGUGCCAAGCUCGAAGAAGGAUGCCAACUUACAUCAGUAGAUGACUUAGCAGGAGCAGUCCACCACAUGCUUAGAAUAAUUGAGCAAGAAGCUUCCCUAUGUUGAUCAAGUCAUCAUCUAUCCAAAAUGCCUAUUGUUUUGGAACAAAAUCACCAUAAUGCCACCUUCUUUUCCCUAUUGCAACGAAGUUUCUGGUCUUCUUUCUUCGGUCUUUCAAAGUGUUUUUAGUGUAGUUGUGUUUGGUUCCUCCUGGACAUAACUGUUGACCUGUAAUUUUUAAGUUGUAAUAAUGGUGUUUUCAAACAGAAAAGAAAUGGGACGAUGGGGGCUACAAUGGGAUUUGGGCAGCCUGGCCAUGAUGGUAAGGAUCAGGCAUGCGAAGGUAUCUGUUUCAAAGAGUACUGAAAAUUAAAUGUGAACUAUAUGGAUAAGAGUGCAUUUCUUCUCUUAA